AUGGGACAAACUUCUAGUAUACCUUCUAAGCGUUCUUUAUCAAUUCGGGCAUCUUCAAAGUCAAUAGUACCUUUAUAUGAAGCAUGUCGUGAUGGUGAUGUAGAGCAAGUGCGUAAGCUUCUACCAAACUAUUCAUCUACGGAUUUAAAUCGACAAGAAUCAUCUUAUAAUGGAAAUACAUGUUUACAUAUUGCUGCUGCAAAUGGUCAUGAUAAUAUUGUUAAAAUUCUCUUACAACAUGGUUGUUAUCGAUCACGUUUAUUGAAUAAUCAAAAUCAAAGUGCUUAUGAUAUAGCAGUAUUAAAUAAAGAAUCAAUACGUUUAUUAUUUUGUCGUCAUCAUGAAAAAGGUUCAUCAUCAUCAAAUGUAUCCUUACGUUUUUGUGAACAAAAUGCUUCGGAAUGUUUCGAUAUAGUUAAAGUUAAUGAUAUUGAAGAUCAAAAUGAUAAAUUAAUGAAAAGUGAACGACCAUCUAUUAUAAAAACAUAUAAAACUGAUGAAGAAAAAAAACAUGAAAUUGAAUAUUCAGCAACUUCAAAAACAAUGUGUCAAUCACGUUUAGCUCGUUUUUGUGUCAAUCAUUUACAUUCUGAUGAACCAUUAAAUCAUCAAACAAUAAUAAAACGUUUAACAGGUACAUUUGAAAAAACACCUUCAAAUUAUUCUGAUGAUUAUAUUAAAGUAGAUGAAUUAAUCGAACAAUAUGAAAAAAAAUCACAUUCAAUUGAACAAUUAUUACAUUUAUAUACACUUGAAACAGAAUUUUAUCGAACAUUACAACAAGAUUGUUUACCAUUAGCUUUACCAUUAUUUAUUGAUUUACCAAAAUUAAAAGAACGUUUUUUUAAAGGACGUGUAUAUCGUGGUGUACGUAUGUCAUACGCACAAUUAUUAACAUACCAAAGAGCUAUGGAAAUUUCCGGAACAGUUUUACAAACACGUUCAUUUUCUUCAACAUCAAAAGAUCGUCUUAUUGCUGAAGGAUUUGCAUAUGAGAAAAUAAGUACUAGUGAUAAAAAUUUGCAAGUUUUAUUUAUAUUUGAUUUUCCAAAUAUUUGUGAUCAAGCUAUUGAUCUUUCAAGAAUAUCAACGGAUAUACCAUGUUUAAGUGAAUAUGAAGAUGAAGAAGAAGUACUUAUUUUACCAUGGACUCUAUUUGAAGUAACACGUAUACGAAAAGCAAAUGAUGAAGAAGAUUUUUAUACAAUAUAUUUAAAUAAUAUAAUCAUACCAGAUAAAAAUCUUUUAUCAACAUUUAAAUGGAGUUGGGUUGAAUUAAAAAAUCAAUUUAUGAAAGAAAAAAAAUUCAAAUUUGAUUGUGCAUUUCAAAAAUAUAAUACAUCAUUGACUACAUCAAAAUAA